GUUUCCCACAACACACAUAGCACAAUUGUCGGCGGUAACACAGAAAAGCACUUUUGUUCAGAGAAUCGCGUUUGUUGAGUCGGAGAAUCUGAAGAUGUCGUCAGGUGCUGCUGCCCCCAACACCGAAGAAGACAAGAAGCCCGAAGCAGGUGGUGCUCACAUCAACCUCAAAGUCAAGGGCCAGGAUGGGAAUGAAGUGUUCUUUAGGAUCAAGAGGAACACUCAACUGAAAAAGCUUAUGAAUGCUUACUGUGAUCGUCAGUCUGUGGAUUUCAAUGCCAUUGCUUUUCUAUUUGAUGGGCGUCGCCUCCGUGCAGAGCAGACCCCAGAUGAGCUGGAAAUGGAAGAUGGAGACGAAAUCGACGCCAUGCUUCAUCAGACAGGAGGUUCUGUUGUCUGAAAGAAGCAACGAUGUUUCUGCCAUAUUAUGAAUAGAAUUAGUUUGUGACUUAGUGCUAGGCUAUAAUGCAUAUUAUGCAUUUUCUAUCUGCUAGCAUAUCAUACAGCCAUUGAAGCUGGACUUUGUAAAGGCGAUGUUUCCUUUGUUAAUAUGGUUAUGAGUGGAUUACAAUAUACCAGUGAAGGUAAUACUCGUUUGUAUUGAGCUUGUUCAAUAAAAUCCAUAUGGGUGGUUGAUAUAUAUAUCUCAACUCUGAAGCAUUUAUUGAA